UAUCGGUUAUUCAUUUUAUUAUCAAUUAACAAAUUUUAAUCUUAAUCAUAAAAUUGAAAUGUUCUAGAAUUAUAGAUUCAUUUGAUUUAUGGUAAUCCAUUUCUUUAUUUUCAAAAGAUAUUAUUUUCCCAAUUUUUCGUAUACGUAACAAUGUAACUGAAGAAAAGAAUAUUUCUUUGUUUAGCACAUAAAAAAAUAAGUAUUUAAUUGUUUCAAGCAAAACCUCCCACUCUCGCCGGCCGCGCGUUGUGUAGCGCCUUCGCUCACCACGACCGAGCUGCCAGAGAAAAAUGAGACGCGUGUAUAUAUUGUAAAAGGAAAAACCCGUUCCCGAUAUUGUGAUUUCUCUGUUUAACAUGCACCUACUCCUUUUCACCAUGCCCUCUCCCUCUUCCUCCUCAAAACCCCUCAAAUUCUCUUCUUCUUCCUCAUCAAACCCUAACCCUAAUUCAACUCCCUCUUCUUCUUCUUCUUCUUCUUCUUCCCUUCUGUGUAAACACUCUCCAUCUGCCACCCUCGACAUUCUAAUUCUGAUUCUGGUUCUUUUCUCUGGGAUUUUCCUCUUAACUUCUUACUUUUCCUAUAUCUUUCGCUCCCUUUCCAUUAUCCUCUCUCACUCUUCCCCCCAUCUUUCCGUCCAUAUCCCUCCCGUACCCUACAUUUGCGGCUUUUUGGCGCUGUUCCUCCUUUCUAUCCUUUUUGUUGAGUUCUGCUGCGGGCCCAGAUCUCGCAAGUGCGAGAAGUCUGGAUGCAAGGGGUUGAAGAAGGCGAUGGAGUUCGAUUUGCAGUUGCAGACGGAGGAUCGUGUGAAAUCCAGUGGGGCUAAGGAGAUAGAUAAGUUGCCAUGGAAAGGUGGGAGUGAAGGGAAUCCUGAUUAUGAGUGUCUGCGAGCUGAAUUGCGGAAGAUGGCUCCACCUAAUGGGAGGGCUGUUUUGCUUUUCCGAGCGAGGUGUGGAUGUCCUAUCGCUAAAUUGGAGGGCUGGGGUCUAAAGAAGGGUCGGCGCCAUAAAAAUGACUGUUCGAGAACAACAAUAACGUGCAAAAUUUAGAACAAGCUCGCCUGCUGGAAAGGGCUUUGGCUAAUGUGGCUGUUAAUGGAGGAGAUCAUCGCUGAUUGUGAUGGUUUCAUUGUCAAGGAUCUAUUUAUAUGUUUCUCCUAUUUACUAUCUAGUUCACCUUCCAGAUUUGACUUCUCUCUUCUUCUCUAGAAGGGGUGUACUCUUCAUCAGAACAAAUUUUCUAAUCCCAUGGUCUGGAAGUUUCUGUAUCUGCAUUUCCUUGGGAGAAAGUUCUUGUCUCUAAAAGAAUAUACCAAACUCAAUAGUGACUUCAUCUCAUUUCUGGAAGAAUAUACAAGUUUAAUGGGAAUAAAUAAAUAAAUAUUACAUAUGCCAAAUAGAUAUUUGUUUGCUUAAA